CACAACCUCACCGUGGUGGCCGCAGUCUGCAAACACCAGGGCACCACCGGAAGCCGAACACAUGCAGAGUAAAGUCGGGCCAAGAAGCUGUCGAGGAUGAUCUCCUGAUCCCUCCACCACACCAGCCUGGGUCUGAGUCAAGGCAACACUCACCUCCGCGAGUAGCUUUCUGUGACACAGACGAAAACGCACGUCAGGGUCUUUUCUUCCACCCACCAUGGCGUCCCUGGAGGAGGAGCUGACCUGCUCCGUGUGCCGAGACAUCUUCAGCCAAGUCCACCCCCUGCCCUGCGGUCACAGCUUCUGCCCCACCUGCAUCCGCGAGGCCUGGAGCCAGGGUGAGGGUGAAGCUCACUUUACCUGUCCCCAGUGCCAGGAGGAGCACGGCGAAGUGUGGUGCGACUGCUGCCCCCCCGAGGCGGAGCAACGGCAGCCGUCAUUGGCUGUCAAGACCUGCCUGAGGUGUGAGGUGUCGUUGUGUGCUGAACACCUCCAGCCCCAUCUGGAAAGACCGGCAUUUAGCACCCAUCGGUUGGUGGAGCCGCUGGGGGACCUCUCCCAGCGAAGGUGCCCAACACACACAGAGAUAUUCCGCUACUACUGUGCCGAUGAGAGGGUGUACGUGUGCGGCGACUGUCUGCUGGAGGGAGGCCACGUUCAGCACAAAGUGAAGGCGCUCAGACAAGUGGAAGAUGAUCUGAAGGUCAUUCUCCAGACGCUGCUGAGAAAAGCAGAGGAUAAGCUGAAAGAUGGAGAGCGAAUCCUCAAAGAGCAUGAGAAUAUUGAUUGCUGCAUGGCUGACUCUCUGACUAAGGACGACACUCAGGUGGAGCGGCUGGGCUCGAACCUGCAGGUCCAGGUGAAGAAGCUGGUGGUGGCCCUGAGGGAGAUCACGAAGCGGGAGCGACAGCAGGUCAUUGAGCGUGUGCAGGAGGACUGCACCAAAGUGAGAGACGACAUGAGCCAGACGCUGAGCAUCCAGCACUACCUGGCCUCGCUGCUGGCAGAGACGGACCCCUUCCUGCUCAUCUGGGCCUUUCAAUCAGAUGACACAAAGUUACUAGCUGACCUGAACAGCCCACUUUUCACACCUGAUGCCAUCAGUCUGGACAGGAAGCACAUCUUGGAGGACAUAGAGAGCAAGUAUCGAGAGUUCAUCACCGCCACCCUUCGCUGCCUCAGUGAACUCAAGAGGGAGCUCUUAAGCAGUCCUUUGACUCUGGACACAAACACUGCCCAUCCUCUCCUGAGCGUCACUGAUGACCUUCGCUCAGCGACCCGGGUUAAAAGCCGUCUGCCCUGCGCUGCUCACCCCGAGCGUUUCGACCACUGGCCGCAGGUUCUCACUGUCCAGACCUUCUCCUCUGGGACUCACUACUGGGAGCUGGAAGCUGAGGGAUUCUGGGAUAUCGGCAUCUGCUAUAGAAGUAUCGGACGGAAGGGGAAAGAUGACAACGCCUUCGGGAACAACAAGGUGUCGUGGAGCUUGACACAGCAGCAUGACAGGAAGCUGGCUGCCUGGCACAACCGCAGAAAAACCCGCCUAACAUGCCAAAUGACUAGCAACCGCGUCGCCGUGGCCGUGGACUACGGCGCGGGCACCAUCACCUUCUCUGAGGUGGGGCCAACGAGCAAUCUGACCCACCUCCACACCUUCUCCACCACGUUCACCCAGCCGGUGUGCCUGGGCUUCGGACUCUACAAAGCUGAGCUCAACAGCCGCAUCUCUAUCGUCAAAGUCUGAGGUGGAGGAACGGGAAAGGAGGCCCCAGAGAAUAACUCUGUUGGCAGCCGCGCUGGUUUGACUUAGAUAAAGACGCUCCAAGACAAUUCAGCGUUGAUUAAUUUUCCACAUUUGGAACAACGAGACUCUGCGCUGGAGCUUCUGCCAACUGGAACUUUUUUAGCUGAGCUUGUCUUCCAAAAGCACACCACCGAAAACUGUGAUCAGGUGAUAGUGACAUGGAAAUUAUUUCCAACACAGAACAGUGCGAGGGGACCGUUGAUGCAUGAGUAUGAGAAGGAUUUGAUGAGCAAAUGAAGACUCAUUUGAAAAAG